GACGUCGCAGCGUGUAUACCUGGGCUAUACCGUGUCCUUGAUCUGAUCCGUGACAGAGGCAGUGGCGGCCUUGUCGACAAGAUCAUCAUUGAGCAGGACGGCUCUCUCGGCCGUUUCGUCAACUCGUUGAAACCCAACACAUAUCAGUCCAUCAACAAGAUCGACUUGACUGCUCUGGACGACCUGGAGCUACGGCUGGUUGGACUUUAUGGCAGCAAACCGGCUCUCGUCGACUUCCUGCAGAAGAAAACGUUGAUCGAUGAUGUCGUCAGUGGUGGCUUGAUGCUGAAGUCUACGGACGGGGCUGCGGACGGGGAGCAGCUUACUCUCCGGUCAGGCAUAUAUCUUCUCCGCAGUGAUGGCGAGGACCUCCUCUAUGUCAUAUAUUGGCCGGAAGAUACAACCUGGAACGACAACGCGACGCAUUCGGUUGGCAAGAACCGUGUCACCUUCAUGCGGCAAGUGCACUGUCUUCUUGAUCAGAUGCGCGCUCAUAGUACCCAAUUCAGGUACCUAUCUAAAAUCACUCACCAAACAGUCUGCCUGCUUUCAGACGAUCAUCUGUCUGCUAUUGUUUGGCGUGACGAUAUCGAUAGUGACGACGAAGACGUGGACGAUGACGACUGUGACCGCCUUUUUGCAUUCGAGGUUCGCAAGACAAAUCAACAAGAAGAAGGCAUAGUUUCAACCCAUGGCUUCACAAUAAACCAUUCGUCGAUAUCUUCUCCCAGUUCCCUCGAUGGCUCUCCCGACGAUCACCAACUGCGACCUCGUCUUGCACAAGGCGAGACACAGCAGGCGCUACUAACUGCUGCAUUCGUUCCUGCGGUACAUAAUCAAUCAAGCAACAUUGAGACGUUCACGGAGUAUCGCCUGAAGGACAUGUUGCAGAAGGAGUCAAUUAAGAUCGGUGACGAAAUCUCGUCCGCUGGCCUGCAAGUCCUCCUCGGGAACGGGUUCAAGCAUAGGAGUCCUGGUGCUGUAUCCAAAUACGUCACUGCAUGCGGGGAUGUUGACAAGAACGCCUCCGAAAUGAGGCAACAAGCACUCCACGACAUGACGACUAACAUCGAACAAAACGCCUCGCUUUUACUCCGCAGUGCUCAGUCGCGUCUUUCUCAGAUCAUUAGGACUUCUUCCCCUCCUAACGAAGGCAUGUGCCGUCGUGAAGCUGCCAUUGAAGAAGCUGAUGUUUCCGAGUUAGAUUAUCUCAAUGGGCUCUUACAAAUGCACUCCGACCUUCAUCGGGAAAUUGAGUCAGUACUGCGCCAACCUGUUCUUCACGGAGUCACCACCAAGAAGUUCAAGAGGACCAAGGAAAACCUCAUUGCCCUUGACUAUCUUCUUGGAGAAAACCUCGAUCACUUGAACAGCCAGAAACAGAAAGAGCUUGUGGAGUCGGUUCUCAACCACGGUGUCGACAAGCAAUCCUCCCCCCUUAGUCCGGGAUUCUGGGUCAUCAAAACUGCUCGCAGUGUUCUUGGCUCAAUUUUCGGCGCUGACUCACAAUCCUCUGUUGCCGACAUCCCCCAUACGUUCUUCUCCCAGCCAGACGAUGUAUUCCUGGCUCGCUUGCACUCUAUUUCGGACAAGUGGCCAGUUCUCAGCGAGCUCACUGACAAGGCUUUGGCGCAAGCAAAGGAGCACUUCAUGACCGCGAUCACCAAGGAAGCAAGGUCGCUUCAGUCGAAGGUUCAGAGCGCUCAACGGCGCCUCCUCAGCAACGAGAUUGACCGCAAGGUUGACGGAGCCAAGAGGCAGAAACUAGAAGACCUACGCUCAAGCGUCCUGGCUGUGAUCGCAUCCGACAAUAUGGAUGUUUCUACAGCACGUAUGAGGGAGAGAAGUCUUAAGGUACCGAGUUCUGAUUUGAGAACAGCCUGGGGAAGCCCCUCUUACCGAAUCCGGAGGACAACAAACCGACGUUCCGAGCCUUCCAUCCGGUACACGGUCCACCCGCUGGAGCUCACUCAAGAUGACCGGCACCGGAUGCAAGAGGAUUCACGUCACCACCCGCGUCCCCGGAUCCACCCUCAUUCAUCAUUCACGUUUACCACAUCUGCCAGUACCCAUCUGCUUCAUUUCCAACUUCUUCCCGGUACUCGUUGCCUGUCCAUUACCAGAGAUGAAACUGGGAACUGCAAAGUUUACGUGUGCUCUACCAUGCAAGCCCACAAUGUGAUCGGAGGUCAACCCAAGAAAUUGCUCAAUCGUGACAGAAUCGGUGACAACUUUCUCCUGACUUAUGACGAGACACAUCGAAUCUUGGCACUUUGCAGUGUCUCCUCACGCGAGCCCCACCUUCACCUCAACACUUUCAUGUUCGAUGAGACAUACACCAACCUGCAAGGAAUGGGUCAAACUAACCUCAGUCCGUGGUAUGACAUCUCUGUAUCCAUCACACAUAUGGAGUUUGUCAGCAACAGUGAGGAGCUUCUCUUUGUCGAUACAUUCGCCCGCGCUAGGAUAUUCUCCCUUCUGACGCAACAAUUCCGACCUGCAAUGCUCCAGCUGCCGAAUGCUCCUUCAGCUGUUCAGGCCACCCCGGAUGGUUCUUGCUUCCUAGCCGUUUUCCCAGGAGCGACACUGUCUGACACUGUCUCUGUUCGCGCAUACCACUGGAGUAGUUUCGGCUCCUCCGAAGGCAUUGUGGUAGACGUCCCGGACGACUUCGCAUCCCUCGACUCCCACAUCUUCACUUCGUUUGUGUCUCGGAGUAACGUCCAUUGGCUGGCUUUAGACCUCGGUGCACAUUCACUCUCAUCCAUGGCCUUCAAGAUCACCUGCAAAUCGACGGAUUUCGCAGUUGAAGAGCGAGGGUCCGCGUCUUUCACCUCCGGUCGUGAUCGCGCGACCGUUCAUAACAGCAUCAUUGACUGUCACGCUCAAGUCUGGUCACGGUUCCCGGUUGUGCCCGCCAUCGGCCGCGAAACCAUCCUCUCCGGCCAACGCCAGAAGCGCAAUCUGACCUUUGUCUCCAGCAACCAGUUCUCUCCCUUCAGCUCGCAUUUUGCCUCCAUCAUCAAGACGUUUGAGAAGACGACACGAAAGCCGGUUGGCGAUGAGCUCUCCAGCAUCCAAGUCCUGUCGGUCGACACGGAGUCGUUCCUUGAGGGCUUCCCCUUUGGCAUCUCCACGUUCCGUGCAGGAGAAUGGCUCGUCGAGCUGCUGUGCCUCAUCCCGAUUCACAUCGCGGUCACGAGGGACAACAGGUUCAUUCCCCUCAAGGAUGGCGUUUGGUCCGAUGAACUGGAGAGGUCUCUUCUAGGUGCUGACGUUGUGAGGAUCACAGAUUGUAUCUCGUUCGGCUGGUAUGAAUCUCUCUUCCAGUCGUACAAGUCGAAAACACCUGUCAAGGUUGUGUCUUCGAUGGGCGAGCAAUCUGUUGGGAAAAGUUAUGCGUUGAAUCACCUUGUGGACACGUCAUUUGCCGGAUCGGCCAUGCGUACCACUGAGGGAGUGUGGAUGUCAGUCACGCCGACGAAAGAGGUGCUCAUCGUCGCGCUCGACUUUGAAGGUGUCCAUAGCAUCGAGCGAUCUGCACAGGAAGAUUCUUUACUCGUCCUGUUCAACACUGCGAUCUCAAAUUUGGUGCUGUUCCGCAAUAAUUUCGCAGUAUCUCGAGACAUUGCCGGGCUAUUCCAAUCAUUCCAAUCGUCUUCCACUAUACUCAGCCCAGACGACAACCCUGAGCUUUUCCAGUCCAUGCUUGCGAUCAUUAUCAAGGCAAAUCUCACCUUGUCUUGUGAUAGGUUCCAUCUCAAGUUCCAGCAGAUCGUCCAAACCGAACAGGCUAUGAACUUCAUCACGCGACUUCACAAAGGGCGCUUCGACAUCGUGCCAUGGAAUGUCAUCGAGUCAAAGCAAUUCUAUACCUUGUUCAAGGCGAUGAAGCGAAGUCUCGAUCGGCAGCCCAUCACACAUCCCACUGGGAGUGUGUUCUUGCAGAGGAUCAAAACUCUGAUGGCAAAGCUCAAGGCCAAUGAUUGGAGUUCAAUGUCACAAAAUAUGGCCACUCAACGUGCACAUCUGCUUGACUCGCUUCUUCCACAUGCAUUGAUCUUCGGCGCAGCAGAAGUAGUCCCCGAUUUUGAGCCUCUGAGUGACCUGAACACCUCCACAAUCAUUGAUCUCCCUGAUUCACGUGCACACUUCUACCUGACCGAUAUUCCUGUGUCAGGUCAACCUAUCUCCCGCAACGAUGCCCUCCAAAACCUCUUCGCAAUGUGGAAAUCCUCCCUCGACCGAUUCGUUACCCCCGAGUCUGAGUGGGUCGACCAACUUCAAGGCUUCCUCAACCAUCUUGUCGAACAGCGUGUAGAGCUUGUCCACGCUUGGCUGAUCUCCAACACGGCUGGUUUCCCACCAACCCAUGCUGACAUUCAGGGUGUUCGUCGGAGGUUCGAUAGUCUUAUAGUGGACCUCAAAGCCGGUGUACAGCUCUGCUCGUCCCAGUGCACAUCGUGCAACCUGCGCUGUCUGCUUGCGGUGCGACAUGAAGGAGACCAUCACUGUCGAACCGAUCACGUGUGCCCGCAAAGGUGCCAGCUGACAGAAGACGCGGAUCACGGUGCCGAUGAGCCUUGCGGUCUUCCAGCCGGACACCCAGGACUCCAUCUCUGUGAGGUGACGGCCCACCUCUGUGCAAAGCAAUGCAGUCUCCAUGGAAAGAGGGGUUGCCAAGGAGCCUGCGUCAUGGUGGUCGACCAUCCGGUGGAGGAAGAUCACAUGUGUGCUGCUCAACUUCACGAGUGCGGGAAGGCAUGCAGCCUCUCUGGCGUCCCUUUGUCCAACGGCAAACGAUAUAACUGCUCCAAACCUUGCAGCGUCUCAUGUGAACAACCCCAUCUUGAACAUCGCUGCGACACCCGGCAGUGUCCUAUCGAUUGCAAACUCUGCAAACGACUUUGCUCUGCGCGCGAUCAUUUUCAUGCGCUUGAUCCUGCGGCAGUUCAUCUUUGCGGUCAAGAGCACGCAUGCAUGGCGCUGUGUAGUUCCAAGGGUACAUGUCACAUCAAGUUGACACCAGAAGCUAUCCGAGCCACUUUCUCGGGCGCACAUGAGACCUUUCAGUACACGAAAUACUCGCAAGCGGCCAAGCGACUCCCGUGUGUCGUGACGAUUCCGGCAGGCAAGGAAGGGCAUGCAGGCCCGCACAGCCAUGACCUGGACCCAAAAUGCUUCCACUUCUGCGAAACACAGUGUCCGGACUGUCGUUACUUUUGCACGCUUCCUUUGGGUCACGCACAAAGGGAACACGACACCAGCCAUGGUUCCAUGUCGUACACUCGUUGGGCAGUUGAUGGGCCGGAUGGCACUGUGCUCGAAGUCGAUGGUCGCAAGUUUGGUUCUCAUGACGAAGGGGCACCCAUGCUGUGUUCGAUGUACUGUCAGGCAAUGGGUCGUCAUGCCCACAUCGCCUAUUGUCGAUCAGACGAUCCGGCGGCCUGCGGCGGAGCGGGGGUCGAACACAUCAGCACACCUAUGCAGCCGCAUCCCGAGCGUCCCAAGGAUUUUAUCUCUCACGCCCUUCAUUGGCAACGCACAGGUACGUUAAUUUCCGCUUAUCCCUAUUCUCAAGAGGACCAGACAAACGUUUUUGCCAAGUGCGACCGGAUGUGUAGUGGUAUGCACCACAAUUCCACAGCACACGGACCAGCCCAGCCUUCGUACUGCACGUUGCCCAUCCUACACCCUCGACAGGCUCUGGAUCAGGCGCCUCCCGGAGGACUGGGGUACAUCAGCAACGACGGCCACUCGUUCAUGUGCAGAAACCCAGCGGUGCUGAGGCAAGCAUUCCAUUUAUUGAUGCCUCUACUUAGGUCGGGCUCUAUGGGACUUCAGGACCGAUUGCCCCUGGACAACACUCCGACGACGCAGCUCAUCCGCAGGAGACACAACGAUCGUCUAGGAGCAGUGUGCUCUGCUCUACACGGCUUUUGGGAAGCACGUCAUCAUGCGGUUACAGCCGCGGCAGGAAGAAACGCCGGCGCUCUCCGCCGAGACGCAUAUUCCAUUCUCCUGUUCAAUACGUCGGUCAUCACUGCUGCCACGCACGACUUCCAUAGCAACCCGACGGCCCUACUCAACUUGCUUCUCGCACACGAGUCCGACGGAGGCACGGACUUCAUCACGGCCCUCGAAUCCGCCAAGGCAUGCAUGGAGGCUAAUUGGAGCACGGAGAGGUCGCCGGUCAUCGUCUUCCUUUCUGACGGAGAGGCCGAGCUGGAGGACGAGACUAUGCAAGACGUCUGCCGACGCGCCAUUGCUCUAGGGAAACCGCUGUCUUUCCACGGUGUUGCCUUCGGCCCAGAUGCGGGUGGGAUCUUGCGUCGGAUGACUCAGAUCGCCCGUGAUGUCGAGAGUCGCGCCCCUCCUGACCCUCUCAACCCACACGCCGCGGUCCCAUCGUCGUACAACGAGGCCAUGGACACGGUUCGACUCGCCGAGACGUUCUUGGGCAUCGCCGACUCUCUCGCCAAACCCAGAGGCGCUCUGUUCCGCGGCUGA